ACGGUGCGGACGGGUCAGGAGCGUAGAGGCGGCGGCAAAAUGGCGGCGCCUGAGGAGCAGGAUCUAACUCAGGAGCAGACCGAGAAGCUGCUGCAGUUUCAGGAUCUGACUGGCAUAGAGUCCAUGGAGCAGUGUCGCCUUGCUUUGGAGCAGCAUAACUGGAAUAUGGAGGCUGCAGUCCAAGACAGACUGAAUGAGCAAGAGGGUGUACCGAGUGUUUUCAAUCCACCUCCAUCCCGACCCCUACAGGUUAAUACAGCUGAUCACAGGAUCUACAGCUAUGUUGUCUCAAGACCACAACCAAGGGGGCUGCUUGGAUGGGGUUAUUACUUGAUAAUGCUUCCAUUCCGGUUUACCUAUUACACGAUACUUGAUAUAUUUAGGUUUGCUCUUCGUUUUAUACGGCCUGACCCUCGCAGCCGGGUCACUGACCCUGUUGGGGACAUUGUUUCAUUUAUGCACUCUUUUGAAGAGAAAUAUGGGAGGGCACACCCUGUCUUCUACCAGGGAACGUACAGCCAGGCACUUAACGAUGCCAAGCGGGAGCUUCGGUUUCUUUUGGUUUAUCUUCAUGGAGAUGAUCACCAGGACUCCGAUGAGUUCUGCCGCAACACGCUCUGUGCACCUGAAGUGGUCUCACUAAUAAACAGCAGGAUGCUUUUUUGGGCUUGUUCUACAAACAAACCUGAGGGGUACAGGGUUUCACAGGCUUUACGAGAGAAUACCUACCCUUUCCUGGCUAUGAUUAUGUUGAAAGAUCGCCGUAUGACUGUGGUGGGACGGCUAGAAGGCCUCAUCCAACCUGAUGACCUCAUCAACCAGCUGACAUUUAUAAUGGAUGCAAACCAGACUUACCUGGUGUCAGAACGCCUAGAAAGGGAAGAAAGGAACCAGACCCAAGUGCUGAGACAACAACAAGAUGAAGCCUACCUGGCUUCUCUCAGGGCAGACCAGGAGAAAGAAAGGAAAAAGAGAGAGGAACGAGAGAGGAAACGCCGAAAGGAGGAGGAGGUGCAGCAGCAAAAGCUGGCAGAGGAGAGGAGGCGGCAGAACUUACAGGAGGAAAAGGAAAGAAAGUUGGAAUGCCUGCCUCCUGAGCCAUCCCCAGAUGACCCUGAAAGUGUCAAGAUCAUUUUCAAGUUACCCAAUGAUACCAGAGUAGAGAGACGGUUCCAUUUUUCACAGUCUCUAACAGUCAUCCAUGACUUCUUAUUCUCCUUGAAGGAAAGCCCUGAGAAGUUUCAGAUUGAAGCCAAUUUCCCAAGACGGGUCCUGCCGUGUGUCCCUUCAGAGGAAUGGCCCACCCCUCCCACACUGCAGGAGGCAGGACUUGGCCACACAGAAGUUCUCUUUGUUCAGGACCUGACAGAUGAAUGACACUUUUAUGCCUCCUCCCUCCCACCCCAAUCCCUAAAAAAAUGGAAAAACAAAGAGAACAAGAGAUAAAUUCAUAAUAUUAUUAUAAUACAAUAUUUUUUUUAAGAAAACUGCUGCAUCCUAAGGAAGGAUCAGAAACCAUGCUGCCUGCAAAAGUCACAACCUGGCCGGGCGGUGGUGGCGCACGCCUUUAAUCCCAGCACUCGGGAGGCAGAGGCAGGCGGAUCUCUGUGAGUUCGAGACCAUCCUGGUCUACAAGAGCUAGUUCCAGGACAGGAACCAAAAAGCUACGGAGAAACCCUGUCUCGAAAAAAUCAAAAAAAAAAAAAAAAAAAAAAAGUCACAACCUGUGUGCGUGUGCAAGGUCAGCAGUGAGUAUACCUGCUCGGCAGACUCGCCUUCCCGCAGCCUCACCACACACCUUCCAGAGAAGAGACUUCUCCCUCAACCCAUCCAUUGUCCCGAGUGGGGAAGGAGACAUUCCCACGGUUUCUCAUUCAUUCUUGCUUUUAUAGAAAACACAGAUGGAAACCUCCACCAACCAACUACAGCAGCAUCUCCUGAGGACUAGGGGAAGCGAGGAUGGAACAGACUGCCCAGUUUACGAAUAACCCUGUUUCUGUUUGUUUUGUAAUGAUAAUGACCAAAGGAAUGAGGCUGACUUAGGUGUAUUUUUUUUCCUUGAAUUUAUUUGGUAAAGAGCCAAUGCCCUGGUUUUCUUAGCCCCAGGUAGUGUAAUAAAAGUGCCCUGGGCUAACUUGCGCUUACUUCUGCCAUUGCUCCUCUCAUGUUCCCAGAGAGGUCAUUUGUUUGGUACAGUUCUGCCACUUGUGUAUCCUGUUUCGAGCAAUGAGAGGAAUUCUGGGUUUGUGACCCACAGAGGCUGUGUGUGGGGUGUGUACUCACCUUUACACAGAACUGCAGCUCUUCUUUGGCAUCUGUACCAGGUGGUGGUGAGGGUCUGGUUCCCUCGGCACAUGCUGCUCCUUCCCAGUUUUCCUAACUCACCAAGCUUGGUGCCUUUCCAGAGGACUAGUGGAACCCACCCUCGGGCCACCAUUCACCUGUGUCCGUCCACCGGCCCUGUUCAGUGCAAGUGUGAUAGUGAUGUUUUAAAUGCUGCAGUUCUGGGAGGCAGAGGCAGGCGGAUCUCUGAGUUUCAGGCCAGCCAGAGCUACAAAGUGAAACCCUGUCUCCAUUGGGGAAAUGGGACUUCCCAGCCUGUGUGAGCCGUGGGAAGAAGGACACAUUCACUUUCUGAUGAGGCUGCUUACCAGAGGCAGCUCCUAGCCUUCCUCCUUUGCCAUGGUGAAGCAACAGGAGCUUUUUCCCCUUUUUCUAAACAUCUCAUCUGUGGUUUAGUUUAUGGUAGUGGGUACAUAGUGAAGCUGUGCAUUAACACAUGCCAGCGUGUACUGACAAGGAUUCCUAAGUGCGGGCUAGCUACACUGGUAACAGACUGACACAUUGCAGCCCCGUGGAGUCCCCGUGGUCGUUAUAUACCACGAGACAAGGCAUUCCAGUCAAGGGAAAGCAUGGCUUGUGUUGUCACCUCCAGAAGCCCCUCCUAACUAGAGCCACAGCCCUCCAUGGCUUCCACUGUUAGAGUAGGCGUGGUGAGGAUGGCUCGCGGAGUCCCUGAAAAACCCCAGAAUGUCCUGUGGCCUUAGCACAGGGCUCUACAUUCUACCUUAGGAAACAUUAGCUCUGCUUGCUGUCUGAUGCCAGAACUGCAGUGAUGGGACUGGAUGGCCCUCAGAUGAAGUCUGUCUCGGUGACAGCUAUGCAGAGGGACUUUUUCACCUGGAGCAGCCUCCCUCUCAGUUUGUAGUCGCUGUCUGUCUGCCUGGCACACAGGCAGCUGUUCUGUGGAAGUCUCUUGCUCACGCCUGCUUGAGGAUGCUCCGAUUUUCCCCCUUAAUCUCAUUCUGUAAUGUAUAUAUUCUAUGCUUCUUGCCUUUUGAAAACUACAAAAUGAUAACUAGGUGCCAGAGUACUAAAGCAAGGGCCCUUCCUGUUUCCCGCUCUCAAACAGUGGGUGAGGCCGGGCGGUGGUGGCGCCUUUAAUCCCAGCACUCGGGAGGCAGAGGCAGGCGGAUCUAUGUGAGUUCGAGACCAGCCUGGUCUACAAGAGCUAGUUCCAGGACAGGCUCCAAAACCACAGAGAAACCCUGUCUCGAAAAAACCAAAAAAAAAAAAAAAAAAAAAAACAAAAAACAGUGGGUGAGUACCACCACCCUGGUUCUGUGGCUCUAUGGUAUCUGCAAGACGGUUCAUUUUCUUGCUGCUCCUAGUUCUGUCUGGGCGCCAUUUCCCCCUUUCCUACAUGAAAUAAGAAUUUGACUUUUGUCCCUCAUGGCUGUAGAAUCUUUGACUCCCUAAGACCUGUGAGCUUGAAGAGACUGGCAAGCUUUUGUUUUUGUUUAAAUUGCUUCUGGGCAAGUUAUGGAUGAUAGAAGCACUUGUUUCAAGUUCUGUCCCUUACUCCCCACGGAAGUAGCGUGAGCUGAAAUUCUGCAGUCCCAGUGGGUCCAGUCUGGUCUUCUGAAGAGUUGUCUGCAGCAAAUAGGGUUGUUUUUGUUUGUCCUCCUUGCUUCCACCAAAAGAUAGUAGAGAAAGAGAUGACAGGAGAACUCUUGUCUAUAAAAAUAGUAUAGAAUUUCCAGCUUAUCAGCUAUUAUGAAUAUUGCUAAUGGUGCCAAGGCCAACAAAGGAGUUUCAGAAACUGAGAAGUAGCCCCCAGAACACAAAAUCAGAGGGUGUCGCCUGGUGCUGAACAGGGAACUUGCACCUUACAGCUAGGUGGGUUUUCUGUUUGACGGGGGGGGGGGGAGAGUUUGACUUGAGAACACAGCAACAGAAAAUCUGUCCACAAAAGAUGCAGUGCCCCGUCCUGUACUGCACCUGCGUAGUUAACAAUAGUUUCCUGAAGAAAUCUAGUGUACUUCAAAUUUUUUUCAUAAAGGUUUACAUUGUAUUGUAGGUUAACAUUAAAGGUUUUAUAACAAAAAAAAAAUAUGUAAC